UUUAUCACCGCCCCACUGGCCGGCCUUCAGUCGGAGCUUCUACCCGGUUACCGAGCGCACCGCCUGCCCGCUGUCAUUUCUCUUCUCGCUGCAACCUGUUUGAGCGUUUUUGCCUCCUCCGUUGAUGGUGCAGAUCAGAUCUGGUAGGAAAGCCAACAGGAAAAGAUGGAUGGCAUGAAAAGAUCCCCAUCUCUCUGCGUCUCUCCCUCCCAAUCCAUCCAUUUGUCAGUCGCUUCCUUCGCCCGCCUCCCCAGCAUGUCGCUGAAGGUCCAGACCAGCAAUGUGACCAACAAGACAGACCCAAAGUCGAUCAACUCCCGGGUGUUUAUCGGCAACCUGAACACAGCGGUGGUGAAAAAGUCGGACGUGGAGAGCAUCUUCUCCAAGUAUGGCCGGGUGCUGGGCUGCUCGGUGCACAAGGGCUACGCCUUCAUCCAGUACGCCAGCGAGAGGCACGCCAGGGGGGCCGUGAUCGGGGAGAACGGCAGGGUGCUGGCUGGGCAGAUGCUGGAUAUCAACAUGGCUGGAGAACCGAAGCCAAACAGAUCCAAAAGCCUGAAGCGAUCGGCAGCCUCUCUCUACAGUGGCUAUGAGUUUGACUAUGAUUACUACAGAGAAGACUUCUAUGACAGGUUGUUUGAGUACCACGGCCGGGUGUCUCCAGUCCCUCGGGUGGUGCCCGUCAAACGGCCACGGGUAGCAGUGCCUCUGGUCCGACGGGUCAAGUCCUUACCAGUCAAACUGCUGUCACGCAACGCCUCCGUCCUCCCCACCAGCAACGGCAACAAACUGAGAUCAGUGAAAGGUGCAGAGCUUCAGGCGAUCAAGUCAGAGUUGACUCAGAUCAAAGUCAACAUUGAAGCUUUGCUGGGCAGACUGGAGCAGAUCACAGACGACACACUCAUCACUUCCACAGAGCUGAGGAAGGCAGACGGGUGUAAGAGCAACGAGGUGUGGCAGGAAGAGGAGGAGUCGAGCUCAGAGCUGGAGGGCGAGGAGGCACACAGACAGAACAGCGAAGCUGAAGAGGACAAAUACGAGGAGGAGGAGGAGGAGGAGGGAGAGCACACGCAGGACAACACCUACGACUACAUGCCGGAUAACUGUCGCCUAUCACCAGAGAUGGACUCCAUUCACCCAUGAGAGGUAGCGUGGACUGUGGUGGAAGAGACAGACAGAGAGAAAGAGAGAGACACUGAGCGCGCCGAGGACAGAAAGAGAACUGGAUUACAGCACAGAAGGCCAUCAAACAGCAGGGAGCCGGACACACACACACACACACUCACACACAUCCGCACAAACACACAGUAGAGAGACAGACUUGACACAUUGUCAGAGCCACAGGAACAUACUAAAACAGCAGGAUACUGCCAUAACACAUCAUAAACAGGAUGAGUUACACUCAGCAACACACAUAGAUGAAAGAAAUACGGAGGGAGAGACAGAUUUGAUGCUGCGUCAGAGCCGCAGAGAGAUAGUAAAACAGCAGGCUGCUGUCAAAACAUCCAUCUUAAAGCAACAGUUUUUACCCUCCUCCACACGCACACGCGCACACACACACACACACACACACACACACACACACGCACACAGAGGAGCAAUCGCAUUUGGGAAAGACGGAGGUCAUCAGAACAUCAUGUGCUGAUUAAGAGGACUUUCAACAACACGGGAGACAAUCCUGUCGAAACCUUAGUUUGUGCAAAUUCUUUGAUAAAAACUGAAAAUGCACCGAAAGGCUGGGCUUCAUGAUGUUUACAAUGUUGUUAUAUAUAUAUAUAUAUAUAUAUAAAUAUAUACAUAUACAGUAUAUAUAUCAAUCACAAAAUGUCAACGAUAGACCGAAUCACAUCAAAUAA